AUGGGAUUAGAAGAAGAUGGCUCCGCCGUAACAACCGCCGCAACCUCCGGCGUUAAAAAGCUCCACUUUUUCACAACAACCCACCGUCCGAAAUCUCUCUCCUUCACCAAAACCUCAAUCCGCGCCGAGAAAACAGAGUCCUCCUCCUCCGCAGCUCCAGCCGCCGCCGUGAAAGAAGCUCCGGUGGGAUUCACACCGCCGCAGCUAGACCCAAACACACCGUCUCCGAUUUUCGCGGGAAGCACAGGUGGUCUUCUAAGGAAAGCACAAGUGGAAGAGUUCUACGUGAUUACAUGGAACUCACCGAAAGAACAGAUCUUUGAGAUGCCGACAGGAGGUGCAGCGAUCAUGAGAGAAGGUCCGAAUCUGUUGAAGCUAGCGAGGAAAGAACAGUGUUUAGCUUUGGGGACAAGGCUUAGGUCCAAGUACAAGAUUAAUUACCAGUUUUACAGAGUUUUUCCAAAUGGUGAGGUUCAGUAUCUGCAUCCUAAAGAUGGUGUUUAUCCAGAGAAGGCGAAUCCGGGAAGAGAAGGUGUUGGUCUGAAUAUGAGAUCUAUUGGGAAAAAUGUUAGUCCCAUUGAAGUUAAGUUCACUGGGAAACAAAGUUAUGAUUUGUAA